CAACGACACCAACCCCAAGCUCUCCGCAACCCCCCAACGCCCCCGCGGAACCCCCAAUUGGCCUUCACCGACCUCCUCACGCCACAAUGUCCGCCCCGCGCGCCCUCCGCGCGCUCGCCCGCCCCGCCGCCUGCCUCCGCGCCCCCGCCGCCCGCGCCUUCACACCGCCCAGCGCGCGCGCUUUCUCGCACUCUGUCGCCCGCAGGGGCGGCGGCCACGAACACCACUACGACCCGCCGUCGGGCUGGCUGUUCGGCGUCAAGCCUGGCGAGGAGUACAAGAAGGAGGGGUGGGAGACGGCGACGUUCUAUGUGUUUAUUCCGCUGAUGGUGGUGUUUAUCGGCGUGUAUGCGUUUAAGCCUGAUACGAGCAUUCAGACCUGGGCCCUCGAGGAGGCACGCAGGCGGCUUGAAGCUGAAGGCAUCCUGGCCGAUCCGGAUGUUAAGAAGGACUAGCUCGGUCGACGCAUGGAUGCCGAGCGAGUCGAGUGGCGUACGUGACGCUGGGAGCGGAUGUUGGAAACAGCGGAACGGCUGCAGCACUGAACUGUAUAUAUCCGGAUCAUGACAGUGGUGAAUUUUCUUUUGUCGCGUGGGCUCCAUAGAGGAGGAUGUGCUAUCGCAAUGCAUCGAGUCUUACUUCACAGUUUUGUGCCUUUGCGCGCCGGUUUGCGUGUAGCAUAAGCUACCACAUCAGUGCUACUAGGACUGUCGAUCGCCCGGCGUUCUCGACAAUCCUCCCGAAGCACCCAAA